UCUAUUACCAACUCAACUCUCAAGUCUCAACUCAAAAAAACAGCGUGAGCCAUGGCAGGGAGUGUACUAUCUCGCUUCAUCAUUCUCGCCCCCAAAACUCGAUUCCACUUCCCUUUCUCUUUCUCUAACCAAAACCCUAUAACUUCAUUCCCCUUUCCCCUAAUCCAAAGAUUUUUGAGCUCCUCUUCUGACCAACCCACCGCCAAGAAGAACAUCAACACUAAAGUUAACUUUUCUCUAUCCUCCGACUCAGAACAAGACGAUGAUGAUUAUGGAACUACCAAAACAAUCGAAAAAACCAACCUUCCACCUCCUUAUGAUCCCUUCAACAAGAAGCCCGCUAUCGAAGAGCCCGAAGACCCCAAAAACCUCCAAGAAAUAUUCCAUAAAAUGAGAACGGAAGGCCUCGUCAACAACGCCGUCAAGAUGUUCGACGCUUUGUCCAAAGACGGACUCAUCCACCAGGCCUUAGAGCUUUUCUCUCAAAUCAAAGACAAAGGCCAUAUGCCUGACGUGGUGGCUCACACGGCCGUUGUUGAGGCCUACAUGAAUGCUGGUCAGAGCAAGGAGGGUGUGAAGGUAUUCUUGCGGAUGUUGGCCUGUGGGGUGGCGCCAAAUGCUUACACUUACAGUGUUCUCAUUAAGGGUCUGGCUGGUGAUGCCAGAUUGGAUGAUGCCCAGAAAUAUUUGAUGGAACUGAUGGCUAAGGGUAUGCGCCCGAAUGCCGGAACUUACACUGCCGUGUUUGAGGCGUUUGUGAAGGAACAGAAGGUGGAGGAGGCCAAGGAGCUUUUGGAGCAGAUGAAGAGCAAGGGGUUUGUGGCUGAUGAGAAGGCUGUGAAGGAAGCUCUCAACAAUAAAAGGGGCCCUGCUUUCAGAGGAGUUAUGGAAAUUCUCUUUGGCAAGUAGGUUUUGAGCUUUUGUUUGUAAUGUGCAUGUUACAAAUUUGUAAUCUUCUUUUGAGGCAUAUUGUCUUCCUUUUAGCCCUUCAAUUUUAUUUUCGUCCUUUAAUGGGUUAUAACAAGGCGAAAAGGAA